UUAAUUAUAUGCUAGAUUCCUUGUCCUUUUUUAUCUCGAGUCCUCCUGUUUCAGAUAAACUCCCAAGUCCCAAGAUGCCUAUUGAAAAUAUGGAAGAAGAAGGUCUGGCUAAGAUCCCUGAUCUUAGGAUUGCACAGAGGAAGUUUCAGCUCCAGUCUGUUGAAAGAUUUCAGAAUGAUGAAAGUAUCAAGGAGAAGAUAAUGUCAGAUAUUAAAGAGUUUAACAUGGCUCCAUUAUACCAACUCUAUGCUAAGGAGUUGAACUGGACUGUGGAUCAGAAGUUGAUGGAAAAGAUGAAGGAGGAGAACAAGAAUACAUUGAACAAGAUGGAGGAGACCAUCAAGGAUGCUGCAGGUAUAGAACAAGAAUACAUUAAACACAAUGGAGGAGACCAUCAAGGAUGCUGCAGGUAAAUAGAACAAGAAUACAUUGAACACANUUCUAGGAUUGGUCUGUUCUUUACUGAUCAUGAGAUCAUCAAGGCGAAUAUUGAGAAGGCUAAGGAGAUGCUAGAUGAAGGAGGGGAUUGGGACAGAAGGAACAGGCUCAAGGUUUAUGAGGGACUGUACGCAAUGUCUGUAAGAGACUUCAAGAAAUCAGCUUCACUGUUCCUAGACGCUAUCUCAACAUUCACAUCAUACGAACUCAUGGAUUACGUUACUUUCGUACAGUACACAGUAUACAUUAGUAUACUAGCUCUAGAUAGGAAAGAUCUUCAUAAAGAUGUGAUCAAGGGUAGUGAGAUACUGGAGGUUCUUCACCAAAUACCAGAGGUUAACAAAUACCUGUUCAGCUUGUACAACUGCCAGUAUGCUGAGUUUUUUCAGUGCCUGGGUAAGGUUGAGCAGGUGUUGAAGGAGGAUAGGUAUACUGCUCCUCAUUACGCAUUCUACGUUAGAGAGAUGAAGAUUAAAGCGUACGCACAGUUGUUGGAAUCCUACAGAAGCUUGACCCUCAAGUAUAUGGCUGAUGCCUUCGGUGUAACUGAAGACUAUAUGGAUACUGAACUCUGCAGGUUUAUUGCAAGCGGUCGGCUUCACGCAAAGAUUGACAAGGUUGGAGGUAUAGUGAUCACUAAUCGUCCAGACAGUAAGAAUGCUCAGUAUCAAACCUGUAUCAAACAAGGAGAUAUUCUUCUCAACAGAGUUCAGAAACUUUCCAGAGUCAUCAACAUCUAAACAUCAACCACCGCCGAGCUAAAUUAAAAUAAGAUUUAGAAAAUUAAGUUAAAAAAUUAAAAAUAUGUUAUGAAUGUUCAUUUUUCACGUUUAAAUUUGAUGUUCUGGCUUUUAAACUUCAGUAACAUAUUUGACAACAAAAAAUAUAACGCCCCUCCCCCAGGAUUCCUUCUAGAUUUUUUGCCUUUUGUUCGUAAAUAAAGAAACUAUUGAAAUAAAUCUUGAUAAAUGCAUUUUCAGA